AUAAGAGCCCAUUUCAAUCCGCUCAUCGUCAGCGUUUCCCAGUUCGCCAUCCGUUGGUGUGGAUGGCAGCGAUCUCUACCUCCGUCGCCUCAUCUUCCUCUCCCGCCCUCAAGCAGCGCAUGGUAAUCUCUCUCUCUCUCUCUCUAGCCGCCUAUUCUAAGUUGCUUCCCCUAGCGCAGCGAUCGCCCACCUUUCGCUGCUCGACCUCUCGGCGUGAUGGGAAGAGAGCCCCGCCGCUGUUGCAACUGGCCGUCGGUGGCGUCACGGAGAUCCUCAGGCUCCUCUCUCCCAAGAAACAGAGAGAUGAGGCGAAAGCCGCGGCGCAAGCACCUUCUUUGGCUCGUAGCGUAGAUGACGUCGUCCGAAUUCUUCGAGCGGAUUAUGAUCGUGCUUAUUUCCUUACAGGGGAGUUCACCUCCGACAUAUAUGCCGAUGAUUGCUUAUUUGAAGAUCCUACAAUCAAUUUUCGUGGCAGGGACCGGUACUCUCAGAAUCUGGACUUGCUCGUUCCUUUCUUUGAUCGCCCAUCCCUUAAACUUGAGAAUAUCGAGAAGGGUCAGAAUUAUGAAAUGAACUUCAUUCUGGCAACAUGGUGUCUAAGGACCUAUUUAAAGUUACCUUGGAGACCUCUCAUUGGUAUUAGAGGAACAACCACAUAUGAUUUAGGUGAAGAUUUCAAAAUCAUCAGGCAUGCUGAAAGUUGGAGUAUCUCUGCUCUUGAAGCAGUUGGUCAAAUAUUCAAACUGGGCUCAGUAGAGGUUGACGAAACCAAACGAUGCCACCGACACUUAGAUAGGAGCAGAGGCAACCAGAUUCGCAAAUGGAACCAAUAGGAGGCAAGCAAAAUGUUACAAGUACCGACUGCAGGUGCACUCAUUUCACAUUGUCAGAAUACGGUCCCUUCAAAUAAGUGAGACGAGGAGACAAUGAUGUAUAAAAAGACAAUACACGUGAGAAGGGAGCGAAGGAGUCCAUUCUAAUUUUAGAGUUGUAAACUAUUGGUCGCGAAAAGACCCAACCCAACCCACACACACUCUUAGAAGGCAUCAUUUGGUAGGGAGGUUUGGAUUUAGGCUGUGAGUGAGAAGGCAGAGAUAGAAACUAAAUAGUCCGAAGUGUACCUGAUUUAGUCGGAGACGGACAGGUGGUAAAACUGCGUGCCGGAUCGAGUCGGAAGUAUGCCUGCUGGGGCCUGUGGAUCACAUCACGUGCUACCGUGGCCCACUCUCCCAGCCGGUGGGCGCGGGCAUCGCGCAGCAACGAGCGGGCAGUCGAACGUGCGGAGUGAUGGACCGGCCUUGGAAUGCCGCGCCCGCUAGUCUCCGUUGCCGCACCCACGCCUAGCACUCCAUGUGCCCCGUUCUCUCUCUCUAGCAACGCUAAGAAGAAGAGCAGGAGGGAGGAGGAGGAGAUGGAAGGAGCCCUUGUUUUCUUCCUUU